CCGGCCUUCUAUAUUCCAGCACGGGUGAUGACCUCUGCUCACCAUUUCCAAAUGUCAUUUGCUAAACUAGCAAGCGUUGUAAUCUGAAUUCCUUUCUUCCUCUCAGUUGCAACAUGGCUGAAAUACUCCAGCACGCAAUUUUAUUUGUUUUAGAUCUUUUUUGCACUUCCUUUUUAUUACCAUUGUGCUGCUUCAGCUGCUUCAUUCUACUGGGAUGUAUCCUUUUAAUUCUUAUGACUGGUGUCUUACUCCGAAGACCUCAAAUAUCGACAAAGUCAAUCGGCAGAGCUAUCGUGAUUGCCGACAAGAACUGCGAGCCUGCCGAGUCUUUUCUCAGAAAACUCGCUCUCCGGGGAUUUUCUGUCUUUGUUGCAGUCCGUGGAGAAGCAGUAAAGUAUCUGGAUGGAGAGAUGGCUAACAGAGGCAGAAUCGUAAAGGUAGACGUGGCCCGCGACGAAUACGUGGCAAGGGUUCAGCAUUUCAUUGAACAGGUGAUGAGUCACAAAGACAUUGUGGGGUCUCUGGUGAAGCCACAGGUAAUAUUGUGGAGCGAAUGGGACAGUCAAGGAAAGCCACAUUGCUAUAAAAUUGGACUGGAUAAACUCCUAGUGUCAUGUCGGAGAGUGGCUCAUUUUGUUUUUACUGCAUCACAAGGUGCACUGAUCUUUGCAUGGAAGCUCUUUGUCCUGCCGGUGUUUUGGAUGAAUUAUGUGAAAAGAGACACAAAAUCAUAGAGGAUCUCACCUGCUGGAAAGGACGCCGGUUAAAAGUUAAGACGAGAAGACCCGCUCUCAAGUGGCCGUAGUUCAACGGUUCAUUAAGGGGGAGAUAUUGUGGGCUUCGAUUUCAGACUACAGUAAUCAAUGUCUUUAUGUGCACUGCAGUAAUUCGGAAAUCUUAUAAAUACAUUUACCUGUGACUUUGUCACCAUGCUCUGAGUUUAUUCUCUGUG